CGAUAUUCGCCUCCGCCGUCGCCCCCGCCCUCGCCUCACCACGGACCUCGACGUAUCCGCUCCGGGCCAGAUAAAUCGGGCUGCGCCUCCUACCGCCAUAUUUGCCGCAACAUUCCAGUCUCGCCCUCGCACGCGUCGUCUCCUGAUUACUGGCGGCCCGUCGUCCACCAAGCGCCGCCGUUGUUAUUGGGCGAAGUAGCACGCGCGCACCACUCGCCGACCCAGAGUAACACGCCGAGAGCACUCUCCUCCUCAGCACACCUGAUCCUGCCACGAGACGCCGUGUUUUGGCUUCAAUUGGCUCUGCUUGCCUCGGCGGAGACGCCUCUUGGCCACCUGUGGCGCGAACGCCCCAAGGACACAAGAGAGCGGCAUCCCCUGCGCAAGCUUCUUCCACUCCGUUCCGAAAAGCUACACUUGAGGUAUGAGCCAGCGGGAAUACCACAUCGUCGUCCUUGGCUCCGGUCUCACAGCGCAGUUUGUCCCAGAGCGGGCAACAAACAAGUAAGGC